ACCCCUUCCUAAAAAUGGAAAAAGAAAUGAUAAAGAAAGGAGGGGAAGAGCGUUGAGCUCUCAGUCACACACAUUUUCCUCACUCAGCAUUAUAACUUACACACACACACACGCACUCUUACUUACACACCCCGCUUGGUUGAAUGCCGAGCGUCCACCGCCCUGCAGCUCCCAAAUCUCAGACUCACCACUCCCCUCCCUCUCUUUUUCACUGAAACCCAAAACCCCCCCAACCCCCCAAACAAAGAAACCCAAAAAAAAAGAAAAAAGAAAAAGCUUAUAAUGACGGACGGCCGAAUCAUCAUCGUCCCUCAGUCAGCUGCUCAGAAAAACGAGCUGGGCGGAGCUGUCGCCUUGGAGAGGGACAGAGUGGCGGCCAGUGCCACGGCUAGGAAGCUGCCCGGCGGAGGGACGAGGCCGGAACCGGGGCGGGACCUGGUCGCGGCAGCCGGGGCCGGCGUCGGGGUGCACAGGAAGAAGCGGAACAUGGCCCGGCAGAGGCGUCCCGCCAUCAAGUUCCUCUCAUUUGCCAACUCCUGCAACUCGUCCUCCUCCUCGUCUUCGCACGUGCCACCUGAGCCCUCCCCUGCCCCCGCACGUGGACUGGAUCCAAGGAGGUUGCGUUUUCUUUUUGAGAAGGAACUCAAGAACAGUGAUGUCGGAUCACUCCGAAGAAUGAUUCUCCCAAAGAAAGCAGCAGAAGCUCAUCUGCCAGUCCUCGAGUCCAAGGAGGGGAUACCUAUCAGCAUGCACGACAUAGACGGUCUCCAUGUCUGGAGCUUCAAAUACAGGUUCUGGCCUAAUAACAACAGUAGAAUGUAUGUACUCGAAAAUACAGGAGAUUUCGUCAAUACACACGGGUUGCAGCUUGGGGACUUCAUUAUGGUGUACCAAGAUGAUGAAAACCAAAAUUACGUAAUUCAAGCUAGGAAGGCUUCCGAUGAAGAGGAUGUCUACAGAGACAUUGCCAAGAGCACAAUCAACGACCUCUGCCUCCAAGAUAACUAUGACCAAGAAAACAAGGUUAGCUCCUUCAACUACGAGUACUACCCGAUCAUCGAUGAUGUGGGCAUGUCCUUCAUAUACGACACAACCUUCUCGAGCGACUCCCCUCUUGAUUUCUUGGGAGGAUCUAUGACCAACUUCACCCGUAUCGGGCCGCCCGAGAGCUUUGGGUCCGUCGAGAACUUGUCACUCGACGACUUCUACUGAUGUCUCUUCCAAAGAAGUCCGCUAAAAAGAAGCUACAUUUUGUGCCGUAAGAAGAAAGGGGAAGAAAUCGCAUACGUGUGAUCACGGACUGGUCUAAGGGAGACUUUUUGUGUGUUUGCGCUUAUUCGACAUCGAGUUCAAUGGCACUCACGAAGUUAACUCCUUUUUGAAUCUCAUCCUUAGGUAUAAAGAGAUCGACGACAAAGUGUGUAUGUAAUUAUGCACAUGCUCGUGCUAAAUCAGUUUAUGUUUUGAACUAGAUAAGAAAUAACGAAGUGCCAAACUCUUUCGACUUA